AUGGACGCAACUUCUGACAUCGUUGCUAGCUGUAUGCUCAAGGACCUGACCAGGUACGAAGAGCUAUACAAGCAUUUGCAUACGAAUCCGGAGCUGUCCAAUGCCGAAUCAGAGACCUGCAAGCUAAUCCGUGCGAAGCUUGCAGCAUGGAGCAACCUGGAGAUUCACAGCGGGAUAGGCGGGUAUAGCAUUGUCGGAGUCUUCAGAAAUGGAGACGGACCGACAGUGCUUUUGAGAGCAGAUACUGAUGCACUUCCCGUUCGGGAGACCACUGGACUUCCCUAUCAGAGCACGGCUACUUCGAGCUUCCAAGGAGUUGAGAGACCAGUUAUGCAUGCUUGCGGUCAUGACAUGCAUAUCACGUCUCUGCUCGGUGCCACCGAAGUCCUUGUAUCCCGAGCUCAAAACCAUUGGUCUGGAACCCUGAUUGUGCUGUUUCAACCGGCGGAGGAGCGUGGAACUGGCGCCCAAGCUAUGGUAGAGGAUGGACUCUGGAGCAAAGUUCCCAAGCCGGAUUAUCUCUUUGGACAGCAUGUAGUCGCGAACCUACCUGCUGGAGUAAUUGGUCUCCGGAGCGGCCCAAUCAUGGCUGGAGCUGAGAGUAUGAGGUGCAGAGUCUACGGAAGAGGAGGCCAUGCAUCGCAACCACAUCGCGCCAUUGAUGCUGGUCUUUUGGCUGCCAAUUGCGCAGUGCGUUUACAGCAAGUCGUCAGCAGAGAGCUUGUCCCUGGUGAUACAGCGGUUCUGACCACGGUUCCACUGAGUGCCGGCGUUGCGGAAAAUAUAAUUCCAGAUGACAUCGAGAUUGGUGUUGAUAUACGAUUUGUCAAGCGUGAGACACGCGACAGACUACGAAGUUCAAUACGUCGAAUAAUCGAGGCUGAAUGCCAAGCCAGCAACUCACCCUGGCCGCCCUCUUUCACAACCACCCGCUCUUUUCCAUUGACAGUCAACGACUCCGGGCUCACCGGUCUCCUAAAGACCGGCUUCAGCAAGCACUUUGAGGAGAUGUUGAACCCCGAGAUAGUCAUAUCAACUAUUGCUGAAGACUUUCCGAAUCUCUCACAAGGGCAACCUUACGUCUUCUGGCACCUUGGAUGCUCGGAUCCGAGCCGCUUUGAUCUUGAAGGCCGUUCGGAUGCGAUCCUUCCGCCCGUACCGAUGAACCACUCAUCUGGCUUUGCACCUUCAGUACAACCGACCCUCCGGACCGGGAUCGAAUCGCUCGUGUUGGCUUCUUUGUUGGGCUUUAGUACCCCAGCGAGUCUCGACCACAAUAAGAGUUCUGUGUCCAAGAUCUAG